UGGAUCGGGUUUGUUGCGCGGGCACUGGAGCAGCGGCGUAACCGAUCCCAGCUGCUGCCGUGGGGGGAACGCGAGCUAUUCCCGUCCCCCGUGGGUUGGUCACGUGUCCUUGGGGAGCGUUUGGUUUGGCGACCGCGUCGGGAGGGAGAGAGCGAGCGCGCCGUUGCGCACAACCGAUUUGGAGAACCACAUCCUCAACGCGCGUCAAUGAUCCAUCCGGCGGCGGAUCAAGCAGAUCAGUUUUGUUUUGGGGCGUUGUCAAACACACUCUGCGUGUGACACACAUCUCCGACAGCCACUGACUGACACUCUCUGUGCGUGUGUGUACGCUCCCAGACUCACUGAGUCGUCAGAAACUUCUGCGCUUACGAGCUGUGAUCUUUACUGCGAGCGGCACGUUGUUGCCAACCCCUGCUUCUACAAGGCGACGUACGGAGCUGUCACGGCGAAACGAGGAAGAGAAUGGUGGGCUGAUACCGUAACGUGUUGAAGUGAAAGAGGAAGAGAAAGGCAAGAGGGAAACGGUACAACUGAGGGGCCCGUCCAUGUCCACGGUCGUGCUGUUCAUCGCUAACUAGGCUGCCUCCGAGCGCACAGGUAAUUGGCCAGCUUCUGUGGGAUUUGAUGUCACCUCUAGAUUGGUUCAUUUGAAGAUGGAAACACUGGAGUCUGAGCUGACUUGCCCGAUCUGCCUGGAGUUGUUUGAAGAUCCCCUGCUCUUGCCCUGCGCCCACAGCCUGUGCUUUAACUGUGCUCACCGUAUCCUGGUGUCUCACUGCUCCACCAGCAAACCCCUCGAAUCAAUCUCGGCGUUUCAGUGUCCCACGUGCCGUUACGUCAUCACGCUGAAUCACCGCGGCCUGGAGGGCCUUAAGCGCAAUGUGACGCUGCAGAACAUCAUUGACCGCUUUCAAAAGGCCUCCCUUAGCGGCCCCAAUUCCCCCACCGAGAGCCGGCGCCUGCAGCCGCAACGGCCCUACACCGCAACCAUUAGCGGCACAAUAGCUGGAACGAUUGGUGGCGGCGGUGGCACCAGUGGAGGAAGUGCUCGUGGCAGCCCGGCCACUUCCAGCCACUCCCACCCGCACGCCAACCACACCAAUCACGUCAACCACACCAACGCCAACCACAGCCCAGCUGUUGUCGCAAAAAUGGAUCCACGCAUCAGUUGCCAGUUCUGUGAGCAGGAUCCUCCGCGAGAGGCUGUAAAGACAUGUGUCACGUGUGAGGUAUCGUACUGUGACCGGUGCCUGCGUGCAACGCACCCCAACAAGAAGCCCUUCACCAGCCACCGACUGGUGGAGCCAGUGCCAGACACCCACAUCCGGGGCCUGACCUGUCUGGAGCACGAGAACGAGAAGGUCAACAUGUACUGCUUGGUGGAUGACCAGCUCAUUUGUGCCCUCUGCAAACUAGUGGGGCGUCACAGAGAGCACCAGGUGUCCUCACUCACGGAGCGCUUCGACAAGCUCAAGGCUUAUCAGGUGAGCCCGGGCAGAGUGUCAGAUGCGGUAAUGGAGGCUUCAAAGACAAGCGCUGCGCAAACUCUGGAGAACAACCUGACCAACCUGGUGAAGAGGAACAGCGAACUGGAGAACCAAAUGGCCAAGCUCAUCCAGAUCUGUCAGCAGGUUGAGGUGAACACAGCCAUGCAUGAAGCUAAGCUGGUGGAGGAGUGUGAUGAGCUGGUGGAGAUCAUCCGCCAGAGAAAACAGGUCAUCGCUGUGAAGAUCAAAGAGUCCAAGGUGAUGAAGCUGCGUAAGUUGGCCCAGCAGAUUGCAAACUGUCGCCAGUGUCUGGAGCGAUCCAGUGCCCUCAUCACGCAGGCCGAGCAGAGCUUGAAGGAGAACGACCACGCCCGCUUCCUCCAGACCGCCAGAAAUGUAGCAGAAAGGGUUGCCAUGGCGACGGCCUCCUCCCAGGUACUCAUCCCUGACGUCAACUUGAACGAGGCGUUUGACAACUUUGCUCUUGACUUCUCCCGAGAGAAGAAGAUUCUGGAGGGACUGGAUUACCUCACAGCUCCCAACCCGCCAUCCAUACGAGACGAGCUGUGCACGGCCUCCCACGACACCAUCACCGUUCACUGGACAUCGGAGGACGAGUUCAGCGUCACCUCCUACGAGCUGCAGUACACCAUAUACACCGGCCAGACAAAUUUCAUCAGUUUGUACAACUCGGCAGACAGCUGGAUGAUCGUACCCAACAUCAAGCAGAACCACUACACCGUGCACGGCCUGCAGAGCGGCACCCGUUAUAUCUUCUUUGUCAAGGCUAUCAACCAGGCGGGAAGCCGCAACAGCGAGCCAGCCCGCCUCAAAACCAACAGUCAACCUUUCAAGUUGGACCCGAAGACAGCCCACAAAAAGCUGCGCCUGUCCAACGACUGUCUUACCAUGGAGAAGGACGAGAGCUCGCUGAAGAAGAGCCACACCCCGGAGCGUUUCAGCGGCACAGGCUCCUAUGGAGCUGCUGGUAACGUCUUCAUUGACAGCGGGUGCCACUACUGGGAGGUGCUACUCGGAGCAUCCACAUGGUAUGCCAUCGGCGUGGCUUACAAAUCAGCCCCGAAAAACGAGUGGAGCGGCAAGAACUCAUCCUCGUGGGUGUUCUCACGCUGCAACAACAACUUCAUGGUGCGCCACGACGGGAAGGAGAUGCUGGUGGAGGCGAGCCUACAGCUGAGGCGGCUGGGUGUCCUGUUGGACUACGACAACAACUCUCUGUCCUUUUAUGACGCCAUGAAUUCCCAGCACAUUCACACCUUCGAAGUCUCCUUCCUCCUGCCCGUCGUACCCACUUUCAUGAUCUGGAACAAGUCGGUCAUGAUCCUCUCAGGGCUGCCCGUUCCCGAUUUUGUUGAUGGCGUGGCCUCAGAUCUCCAAGAGCAGCAGCAGCAGCAGAUGGGCCUGUGCCGACAAGAAUCGCCAUACUUGACUGGGAUGAAGUCCUGCCACUGACUAGGCCAGCGACUAAAGGAUGGACUGGGCGAUGAAGUAUGAUGAAUUCUGUGUGACAGAGUCCUGUUCUAAUCCUGAAGAGUAAGCUAGUUACUCUCUUAUGGAUUCAGAAAGUGUCGGAAAUAUGCACACCAGUCUGGAAAAAAAAAAAUGUCAGUUUGUAGCCAUCAAAUGUUUUUGCAAAUCCAUCAGUGAAUGGGAACAAGGCCUCUCGACUGCUAACAUCAAUAUACAUAAAUCCAUCUGAUGCUCUGGAGUCGGUGACAAAAAGAGAGCUUGAGUCUGUCAUUGGGCAAGACUGGACUCCUGGUUUUUAGGACCAUUUACGGUCUUCCUUUUUCAUUUGUCUCGCUUUGAUUUGACCCUACGAAAAAGACCACAGUGAGAAUCUUCAUGUCAGCCAUUCAUAAAGUUGUCUACUGCAACACAUGAACAGUGGAAUUAUUAAAGUUUCACCUGUGGUUGAUUUUCAUAGUUGGACUCAAGGGACUACAGAGUUUUUAACGAGAUAAACAUCUGUGGUUUUAAUUCGUUCAAAAUUAUUAAUUAAAAAAAGAAGACUGACUUGAUGUAUUGGUUUUGCUGUUAGGAAUUAAAUGAGAAAAUAACUCCUACUCUCAUGUCUGUGCGCUCUAUGUGAAGCCAGCACCAGCAGCUACGUUAGCUUAGCAGUACACAGACCAGACGUUCCAGCUUUCUAGCCUCCUUCUACUGAUAUAUUUGCAUUUUUGAUUAUGUACCAUGACUAAACUAGUACAUAAAGCCUCUGGGAAACGGUCAUGUACAUGCAGUCUAAUGGCAGAAGCUUUCACCUUCUUGUUUUUCAUGUCACACAGCCAACUGCAUUGUUCAAAUAGAAGCAUUUGCAACCUCAAGUGGGUACUGUGCGACAAGGUUAGCUGAAAGUAAUGCUUUUAUGCAGCCAGUAGCUUCUUAUAUUUGGAUUAUAAUGAUGUGCACUGCAUUACUUCAACAUGGUAGUAUUCAUACAUUACUCAUUCAGAGACUACACUGACCUAAAGUAACAUUCAAACCUCCUUGUACCAGUACAGACAUGAGAGUGGUUUUGAUAUUUUCACAUACCUUGAAGGCAAGGUAUCGAUUUAAUUCUUAAAAUGCAUUUGCGUCUUCUUUGAGUCCACUUUAUUGUGUCCCGUUCUAAAUAUUGCGUUGUCACUGUUCAUGUGUUGUACCCUUAGUAGCUGCACUUGGCCUUUUCCUUGAUCUUCCACCUGUAUUUGACCCAUCCACCCUGUUUGUGUUAGUGGGUCACCGCUUCCAAGAUAGAGGAAGUGCUAACUUUGCUCCCAGACACUGUAUUGACAAGAUCACAGGGGGUAGAUUUGCGUCACGUGACUACUCAACUUGUAUAAUAAGAGGUUUAUUGAAUACUUGAGGAAAGGAAGGUGUUAUUUAUGACAAGAAAAGAUACUUUACUUUUAUUAUUAAUCGCAACACGUUCAUGAUGCACUUUUAAAUGAACACUCUUUCCCCUCUGUGAGUAUUUAAAAAUAAGGAAAUGGGGCACGGUUGUGAAGGGGAGGAAAAGUGACAGUCAGUGCGGCUGCUGGUUGUGUUUAUUUGCUCAUAUUUACAAAACCUUUUAUGGUCAGUAAUGAAUAAUCCUUACUGAUAUUCUUUUCUGUUUUUUUUAACAGUUUAUUUGGUCACGCAAAGCACUUUACAAAAACUCUCUAUAUAAAGUUAAAAAGCUCUUUUUUUUGUGCUUUGAACACAACCAGCAACUUUCCCACUCCCUCAUGAUUUUCAUUGGAACAGAGUUGUUUAGAAAGGGAUAUGAUUAUGAUGAUCUUCAUGGGAUUUUUAUCACGAUGAUAUGAUGCUAUUUAAAAAAAAAAAAAAAGUUCACCCCGUCGUUGACUUACACUUAAAUUGAUCGUCUGUCGCAAUGUCAUGGCAUGAUUGUGUUUUUCCUCUGUGAUUUGUUAAAACACACACGCACCUGCACACCAGCACACGUCAUGCUCCGUUUAGGUUGAACCUUGUCGUGAUAAAUGCAUGAUACAUUGUAGGAUCCCGCGGUUCGCUGGGUGAUUCAUGUUACAUUUCGAGUUCACCAAAUCUAGUUUUGCAUCGGAUGUGGACCCAGCCGAACGCUCGCUUACUGCAGACUUGACCCCGAACGCUUUUUGUCCUCCAUCACUGUUGGAAUCAGAGCUGCAGCUGGAGCCGUUGUUUUGCAUUUUGUUUAGAUUGGAGGAUCCUGGUGUGGGUGACAGUUUCUCUCUGGUUUGAUAUUCAGGUAGCUGCGCUGUUUCAGACAAUCAAAUAUGUAUUAUAGUUUAUGCAGAUGUUUUAAGAGGUUGUGUGGCACGAGAUGUAGAGAAAGAUUGUGACAAACUGACACUGGAGGCUGUGUGUUUAAAAAAAAAAAAAAAAGAUUUUAACAUUCAUUCGUCAUGGAAAGUCUUACUUAACCUCAUGGCCAUUUUCACUCCCUUGACGUAUCACCUGGUCUGUUGUUAAUGUUGACAGUCAUGGAACAUUUCUGUUGUGACAGGUCGCAUUAUUUCCUUGACUUGAAAAAGCAGACAGCCCGAAAAUACACACUGAUUUAAAUCAUGUGCAAGGAAAGCUUAAGAGUUAUUUUUAAAUGAGUCAAAGCAAAUCUGACAUGCCGUGGCUGACAAUAUCCGCGCACCUUUAAGUUUGGAUUGGAUACUGUACAGUGAGAGCUCCAGUGUGAGUUUUUUUUUUUUUUUUUCCAUGUCAGCGAGAAUCUUACCUGACUUCCAGAUAUCCACCCAUCUUGUUGAAUAAUGUUGGUCACGGGCUCAGAACGGCCAUGUGUUGAUUUGUGAUCUGGACCGACAGGCUCAACUCAUCUGUGCCAGUGUGCUUGGCUGGGUCACUGCAUGACUAAGUGACCUUGCUACAGGUUCGUAACUCUUUCCAUAUCUUCAUGGUGACAUUUCUUAUAUGGAGUCAAACGUCCUUUUUUUUUUUUGUUUCUACAUUGAACAAAAAUGACACACAAAAUGUCCUUGCCAUGCAUAUCAAAUAGUUUGCAGUGCUCUUUUUUUUGUGUCACAAUUCAGUACAACAAAAAUAUAUACAGUGAAUGAUUUUCAAUAGCUUCCCACUCCUUAUAGUGCAGUGUAAUACCCUAGAGACAAUGCAAUAGAUUCUCCUUUUUGCUUUUUUUUUUUUCUUUGGUUGUGUAACUUGGGAAAUAUUUUUUACAACUCAAGAGAAAUGCGCUCCUCUCCUUUUGGCAUUUGGACCUUGAAAAACAGCACAAAAAGAGCAGUGUUGCCUUCAUGCAGUGCUUUCUGUUUCCAUAGAUAUAACAGAGAUCAUUUUAGCCAGAGAGGAAUGUAAAACAUAAGGGGGAAUAUAUAUUAUAUAAAGUUGUAUAAUAUACAAAAUAUAUAUGAACCGACGUUAUUUAUGUGAUUUUAAGUCCAAUUAAAAGUCUGAUCCCAAA